CUGAAUUAAUACUAUGCAUGUGUACAGACUUUACUUAUGUAGAUUGCAGUAUAUGAAUGCUUAUAAUAAUUUUAUGAGCAACUCAUAACAAAGAAAUAGUUGAUAUGUUCGAAAACCUAAAUCCAAAACCAUUACUGCCAACACGUGUUGCACGUUUAGAGGAACUAUUAUUAGGCAAGACAACGUAUUCGCUACAACCGGAAAAGUUUGUUAACUAUGUUCUUAAUUCGUAUGGAUUCUACAAAAAACAAGAAACAUUUCCAUUCGAUAUAUGGAAUAUAGAUAAUCAAGCAAUUAUGCAUUUAUAUCGAGCUGGAAUUAAACAAAGACGUCAGUUACACAUACAAAAUGUAAAACAUACUUGGUGGAGACCGAAAUCAGUAAGGAGAAGCUCUGGAAGAAUAGGUUACACCUAUAAACCACAAAGUGCUCAAGAAAAAGUAAUUUCAUCAAUUAAAUCAGAAAUUACAGAUCAAACAGAAAGUAGCAUUGAUUUUGAACCAAUAAGAAGAAUUCAAACCCUUGCUGAAAAUGUUCGAGAUGAAUCGAUUAGCUUAGAUGAAGUUCGACCAAUACUACGUAAUAUAUCACAAGAAAUGGUUCAUGGGGUUAUUGAAGGAAGUGAGGAGAGAAGUUCAAAGUUUUUGGAAAUACUAGAACAAAAUCAACAAGUUACCUUGAUUGGAGAGGAAAUGAAAAGUAAUAUAUCUGAACCAAACUAUGGAGAACAAGUAAAUCGACAAAAUUCAAUUUUAAGUGAAAUUUCUGCAAAAGAAUUAGCUGAAGUAUUUUUAAAUGAUUUAACUGAUAAUGUAUCCGUAUAUUUGGAAGAUAUUUUAGAUGAACUAUUACAAAACAAUAAUAACGAUGAUAAUAAAGAUCUUCAAUCAUAA